CUUGGUUUAUCCCUCCGGGGCCUCACCGGAUAACGGCGCCGUUAGCGGCGGCCCCGCGCAUGCGCGCUGCUUGAUCUCUCCCGCGGCUCCCUGCGAAAUGGCGGCGGCGGUGGUGGCGGCGCGGGGUUGUGCGAGGCGGUGGCUGCGGCCGGCGGCGCGGGCGUGGCCAGCGGCGUGCCAGACUCUUGCACGCAACUUUCACUUCACGGUCUAUGGAAAGAAACAUGCUUCCACUAAGGUUUCUGAUUCGAUUUCUACACAAUAUCCAGUAGUGGACCAUGAGUUUGAUGCGGUUGUUGUGGGUGCAGGAGGAGCAGGCCUGCGGGCUGCAUUUGGUUUGUCAGAGGCUGGAUUUAAUACAGCGUGUGUUACGAAGCUGUUUCCCACCAGAUCUCAUACUGUUGCUGCACAGGGAGGGAUCAAUGCAGCUCUGGGAAAUAUGGAGGAUGAUAACUGGAGAUGGCAUUUCUACGACACAGUGAAAGGCUCCGACUGGCUGGGUGACCAGGAUGCCAUACACUACAUGACGGAGCAAGCCCCAGCCGCGGUGAUAGAGCUGGAGAAUUAUGGGAUGCCAUUCAGUAGAACAGAAGAAGGAAAAAUUUACCAGCGUGCAUUUGGUGGACAGAGUCUUCAGUUUGGAAAAGGAGGACAGGCUCACAGAUGCUGUUGUGUUGCAGACAGGACAGGACACUCGCUGUUACAUACUCUGUAUGGCAGGUCUCUAAGAUAUGAUACCAGCUACUUUGUUGAAUAUUUUGCCUUGGACCUGCUCAUGGAAAAUGGAGAGUGUCGUGGUGUUAUUGCCCUUUGCAUAGAAGAUGGUUCUAUACAUCGUUUUAGAGCAAAGAACACUGUCAUUGCCACUGGAGGGUAUGGCCGCACUUACUUCAGUUGCACGUCUGCACAUACUAGUACAGGCGAUGGCACUGCUAUGGUCACGCGAGCUGGCCUCCCCUGCCAGGACUUGGAGUUUGUACAGUUUCACCCUACAGGUAUCUAUGGGGCUGGCUGCCUUAUAACAGAAGGGUGUCGUGGAGAGGGAGGUAUUCUAAUUAACAGUCAAGGUGAAAGAUUCAUGGAGAGAUACGCACCUGUUGCUAAAGAUCUGGCUUCCAGGGAUGUCGUGUCUCGUUCUAUGACCAUAGAGAUACGGGAAGGAAGGGGCUGUGGCCCUGAAAAAGAUCAUGUGUAUUUGCAGCUGCACCAUUUACCACCACAGCAGCUGGCAACUCGUCUCCCAGGAAUUUCAGAAACAGCUAUGAUAUUUGCUGGUGUCGAUGUCACUAAAGAGCCUAUUCCUGUUCUGCCCACCGUGCAUUAUAAUAUGGGAGGUAUUCCUACUAACUACAAAGGACAGGUGAUAACACAUGUGAAUGGUGAGGAUAAAGUGGUACCUGGCCUUUAUGCCUGUGGGGAAGCAGCAUCUGCAUCUGUCCAUGGUGCAAAUAGACUUGGAGCAAACUCCCUUCUGGAUUUGGUGGUUUUCGGCCGUGCUUGUGCCCUUACUAUUGCAGAAACGUGCAAGCCUGGAGAGCCAGUUCCUUCCAUUAAACCAGAUGCUGGUGAAGAAUCAGUUGCUAAUCUUGACAAAUUAAGAUUUGCUAAUGGAACCAUAAGAACUUCAGAAGUGCGACUUAACAUGCAGAAGACAAUGCAAAGCCAUGCAGCUGUAUUUCGUACUGGCUCUGUACUACAAGAAGGCUGUGAAAAACUUAGCCAAAUUUAUAGUGAUCUGGCGCACCUAAAGACAUUUGACAGAGGUAUUGUGUGGAACACUGACUUGGUGGAGACCCUGGAACUGCAAAACCUGAUGCUUUGUGCUCUCCAAACCAUUUAUGGUGCUGAGGCUCGCAAGGAGUCCCGGGGUGCUCAUGCCAGAGAGGACUAUAAGGUACGGAUAGAUGAGUUUGACUAUUCCAAGCCGCUCCAAGGCCAACAGCGCAGGCCAUUUGAAGAGCACUGGAGAAAGCACACCCUUUCGUAUGUGGAUGUCAAGUCUGGGAAGGUUUCCUUGAAAUACAGACCUGUAAUUGACAAAACUUUGAAUGAAGAAGAUUGCUCAACUGUUCCCCCUGCUAUUCGCUCAUACUAGUUCCUUACAUCCAACUUGCAGUCCUCUCCCAGAGAGGGUUAGUGUACAUAAGCAUAGCACAGGCGAAUCAAAAUACUAUUGUAACUAUCAGUUAAUGAAAAAUGUUGUCUAGAAGCUUCUCCAGAUUAUGUUCUGCUCCUCGGUGUGGAAUGCAGGACAGCUUCUGUUCUUUCACCCACCUUCUGAAACUGAAAGGGAAAACACCAAAUGCGUCUGAAGUGAUUAAAAUCUCAUCACAGUAUCCAUAUGUUAUGUAUAUAAUGUCUUUAUUUUGAAUGUAUAGUUAUUUCUUUAUUUUAAGAAUAAGAAAUGCAUUGCAGUAGUUCUAGACAAGACUGAGAUGCUGAAUUUUAUGAUACAGGGUUUUAAAAUUAAGCAUUAAAAUUGCUGAUUGUAAGUAACAUGAAAGAAAAGAUGGUGCUAUAGUAACUAUAACUUUUUUUUUCUAAAGCUAAAAUUGUAAAAAUAGAAAUAAUGCUAUUGCUUUAUGGAAGGAAACAAUAUGCUUCUACUCCAGCAGAUAACAAGUGGAAUUUAUUUUCUCAAAAUUAUACCGUGAGUAGAUUAUAAUCUUUAUAGCUAUCUUUGCUAUCUGUGGAAUUUGUGAAGCCGAUUUUGUGGUGUUCUGUGGGUAUUUCCUAGACCAUCUUUUCUUUCAGAGGAACUAAGGCUCACUUCUGCCAAAAGCUCAUUUAAAUGUUGAGGCUUCUCUGACUUGAACUUUUGCUUUAGUAUGAAGAUGUAAAGGCACAAGCACUGCCCUUUUGGCAGGACUGAAGUACAGUUCCACAAAUGAGCAUUAAGCACUUCCACGUUUUUGUUUGUGUGUUUCUGCACUUGCUGAAUGUUUUAUUCCCUUGCUGCUGCUGGAAAAAAAA